UUCUAUUUUCUAAGCUCCCAAAAAAUGCAGGACAGCAAAGCUAUUGUGGAGGCUUUGUACAAGGCACUGGCCAAAGGCAAAACCGAGACGCGUACGGUGGCGAAGUUUCUAGCUACUGAUCUGGAAUGGUGGUUCCAUGGUCCUCCCAAGUGCCAGCACAUGAUGAGGGUGCUCACAGGAGAUUCCGGUCACGUUGGCUUCAAGUUUGAGCCGAGAAGCAUAACUGAGGUUGGUGACUACUGUGUUAUUGCUGAGGGCUGGGAAGGAGCUCAGGCUUACUGGGUUCAUGUGUGGACGAUCAAGGACGGCUUGCUCACUCAGUUCAGGGAAUAUUUCAACACCUGGCUGACUGUAAGGGAUCUGAAGCCGCUAGGGUGGAAGGAGAGUAAAAGUUUCACAGUGUGGCAGAGCAUGCCAAGGGACCUGUUCCACCGUUCUUUGCCAAGCCUUCUGCUAGCUAUUUAGUUUAAUAACUAAUAAUUGAUUACCAAUUAGAGUAAGGCUUUGUUGUACGUACAAAACUUAA